AUGGCGAUGUGCAACAUCCCGUCCACGAACACCGACCCUCAGUACCGCUACAAGAUGCCACGGCUGAUGGCAAAGGUCGAGGGUCGUGGAAAUGGUAUCAAGACCUGCAUUGUGAACAUGGGAGAGGUUGCCCGCGCAAUCAAGCGACCGCCGCAGUACGUGACAAAGUUCUUUGGCAACGACUUGGGUGCUCAAUCGACCUACACGAACAAGGAAGGAGAGGGGGAGCGAUCCAUCGUUCGUGGGGCGCAUCAGGUGGAGGACUUGCGGACUUCACUGGAUAAGUUCAUCGAGAAGUACGUCUGCUGUGAGAACUGCCAUCUUCCCGAGAUUGAUAUGUUCAUCAAGAAGGGCAUCAUCCAGGGUCGAUGCAACGCCUGUGGCUGGCAGGGUGAACUUGACAAUGUGGACAAGCUUGCAGCUUUUAUCCUCAAGAAUCCUCCUGACGACUCUGGCAUGGGCUUGAGCACCAUGGAAGCCAACGUCAAGCGCACAAAGAAGCCCAAGGGUGGCGCCAAGGACAAGAAUGCUGACGACGACGAUGAGGAUGAUGACGACUCUUCCAGCGCUAAGGAGAAGAAGGAAAAGAAGGAGAAAAAAGAGAAGAAAGAGAAGAAGGAGAAAAAGAAGAAGGAAGCCGACGACAGCGACGAAGAUGAUGAGAAGGAGAAAAAGGAAAAGAAGGAGAAAAAGGAGAAGAAGGAAAAAAAGGAGAAGAAGGAGAAAGACAAGGACAAGGAGAAAAAAGACAAGAAGGAUAAGAAAGAGAAGAAAGAGAAAAAGGACAAAAAGGAGAAGAAGGACAAGGAGGCUCCGGAGGACGACGAAGACUCCGACAAGGACGUCCAGAAUCUCACGCAUGACGACGAGCAGACCAAGUCUGUGAUCGUCGUUCUGAAGGAGUUCGUGGACAGCAAAGGUGGCAAGCCCAGCAAGGCCGACUUUUUCGAAGAGCUGCGCAUGCAGCAAUUGGCAAAGGUGUUUGACAACAAGGUGCGCUUGUUCAUCGCCUUCGAGGUGCUAUGUGGCAGCUCCAUGGAUGCCAAGGCGCUCAGUGGAGUCAGCGAGUUGAUUGACAAAGUCAUCAGCAGCCCGAAGUUGCCAGCUCGUGAUGUUCUCUGGGCUCUGGAUGCCUACCUCCAGGCGAACCCUGGAGUUUCAAAGGGCUUCGCCAUGAUGCUCAAGGUCGCCUACGAUGAGGACUGGGCGGAGGAGAAGGAGAUCCUCUCGUACUACCAGGAGGACGAGGGAGUCGGGGAGCCAGGCUUUGAUGAGGCCAAGAAGCUGGCAGCACCAUUCCUGACGUGGUUGGAGAAGGUCGAUUCUGAGGAGGAUGACGACGAUGAUGAUGAUGACGAGGACGUGGCAUUCGGAAUCCUGCACUCAGAAUUCCUCUGCCUGAGACGACGACUAGAAGCAGCUCGCAAGCGCUUGAUCCCAGAAGAGGUACUGGGCGCAAUCCCCUUCAGCCGCCCCUUUUUCGCAGCUACAGACGCCUUGGAACAGUGGGACGUCAAUGCUGAAACCAAAAUGACCUCCACCAUUCUGUACCUCCUCCUUGCCGCGCUGGUGGCCUUGGCCAUCUUGUUUGUUCUCCAGAGAUUCGGCUGGCACGGGAAGUUGAAGCGUGCCUCGGAAGCAUCCCGCAUUGUCUUGUCACAGGGAGUUUCGGGAUCCCUUCGCAACCAUGACUCGGAUGAUGCCCGAGGCCUCUUCUUCCGCCUGGAGGCUUAUUCGGGUCUAGACGAAAGCAGCAGUACAUGGCAUGUGACUGUAGCUGUCGAACUUCGCACAUCCUUGUUAACAGGGUUUGUAGCAUUGGCAAUGACCGGUGCCAGGAAGUGCUGCUGCCCAAGAGACCGCAUCAAGUUCGGUUCCGGUCUCGACCGAGGGUUGGCUGCUAAGACUUGGCUCGGCUGUGCCAUUUCGCCCAAGUGCUGA